GUCUCUCUCUAUAAACCGGACAGGAUAAAGAUAGAGAGAGAGAAAGAGGGAGAGAGGAGAGAGAGUAGUUUUAGAGAGAGAGAAGGUCUUUCCGUUAACGGACGGAGGACCGUCGGCCAUGGCAGAUUCAAACGACUCCAUUUCUGUUGAUAUGGAAACCAUCUAUCUCGGCGGAAAGGAACACACUGUAAGAACUGGCCAAGGUUCUGUGUCUGUUAUUGUGUACGGAGACCAAGACAAGCCCGCACUGCUUACAUAUCCUGAUUUAGCUCUAAAUCAUAUGUCAUGUUUCCAAGGAUUGUUCUUUUGUCCAGAAGCAGCUUCUUUGCUGCUCCACAACUUCUGCAUUUACCACAUCAGUCCUCCUGGGCACGAGUUAGGAGCAGCAGCACUUUGUCCCGAUGACCCUGUGCCAUCUGUUGAUGACUUAGCGGAUCAAAUUAUCGAGGUUCUCAACUAUUUUAGGCUUGGCGCAGUGAUGUGCAUGGGGGUCACAGCGGGUGCUUAUGUUCUCACUCUAUUUGCUAUGAAAUAUAGGGAGCGGGUUCUAGGUUUGAUACUUAUAUCCCCUUUAUGCAAGACUGCCUCUUGGACAGAAUGGUUGUGUAAUAAGGUGAUGUCAAAUUUGCUGUAUUUUUAUGGCAUGUGUGGUUUGAUGAAGGAGUUGUUGCUUCACCGGUAUUUCAGCAAGGAAGUUCGUGGUAGUGCGGAAGUUCCGGAAUCAGACAUUGUUCAAGCAUGCAGAAGAUUACUGGAUGAGAGACAGAGCAUAAAUGUUUUGCGGUUUCUUCAAGCGAUUGAAAGUAGACCUGACAUUACCAGCGGGUUGAAGACACUUAAAUGUCGGACCCUUAUAUUUGUCGGGGAGAACUCUCCUUUCCAUUCAGAGGCUGUCCACAUGACAUCAAAACUGGAUAGAAGAUACAGUGCCUUAGUUGAGGUCCAGGCCUGUGGAUCGGUGGUAACAGAAGAGCAACCACAUGCGAUGUUGGUACCAAUGGAGUAUUUCCUCAUGGGUUACGGAUUAUACAGGCCGUCCCAGUUCAGCGGCAGCCCAAGGAGUCCCCUCAGCCCGUCGUGCAUAUCCCCCGAGCUUCUCUCUCCAGAAAGCAUGGGCUUGAAGCUGAAACCUAUCAAGACUCGGAUCCCUACCCAUGUCAAAAGUGUAUCCAGAUAAUAUUCAGGAAAGACAAGGGACUUCACCAUUGGAUGUAUACAAACUCCACAUAUGUAUUUUCCAGUUUUUUGGGUUCUUUUUGCUGGGUAGAUGUGGUGGUUUGUAGAUAGGAGGGAGAAAAUUCUUUUCUGGGUAUAUAAUAGGGAGGGAGGUUUGAAUUCAUUCAUUUGUAGUCAUCAGUCAUAAGCAUGUCACCCUGAGCUGCAUGUGACUCUGUAAAUCCGGACACAGAAAAAUUCUUUUUGUGAUUGUGACGAGGACUAAAUAAUAGUACUCCUAUUGAGGAAA